AUGGCUGACUUUCUUAGGCAAUAUGAACAGUGGGCGUGCACCCAGAAUCAAAACCUCAAUGAACAUGACUCUUUGGAAGCUGUGAGAAAGCAGGUACGCAAACUGAUCCUCCAGGGCCUAGUUGCCAUGACCGGCAAAAAAGAUAUUGUAAUGAAUUACAACAACUACAAAACAUCUGUCAUUGAAACGUAUGGAGUGCACCUUGUGGGCUGGCCCCAUGGUGUCAAGUUCACCAGCCCUUCGAACAUCGGGACUGUCGGCGACAUUUGCAAGCUCCGUGAUGCCCUCAAGGCAUGUACAUGCUACUGGACCAUUUUAUCACCAGCAGAGGUCAAAGCUCAUGCAUCUGAACUCGAUACACAACGUUCAGCUGGGGAAGUUGUUUGGAAACCAUGA